GCGCUCCCUCGCGCAAGCCCAAUCGCUCAUUUCCACGCUGUCUGUCGUCAACUGCGGUCUUUCCGCGCUGGAAAACAGUGGAAAAUCCUGCCCGGUUUUCCUUGCCGAAUCCCGAAGAAUCGAUACGCAGCCGAAAUGGGGUCGACGGUUCGGGUGUUUUUGCUGGUCCUCAUCGGUUUGAUCUGCUUCAAAAACGGUAGUGCGAUUUCGUGUUAUGAAUGCAACAGCGCCAAUGACAAGCGAUGCCUCGGUGAUGCGAAGAACAUACUUACAGAAGACUUAAGGAAACAUUGUCCGGAGAGGAAGGGGAAGCCCUAUUCGCUGUGCAGAAAAAUCAAGCAGGUUAUCGAUUUCGAAGUAAAUGGAUUACAACCCGAAAGCAGAGUAAUCAGGAGCUGUGGGUGGGAAGACACCACUUACGCCAAUCGAUGCUACCAAAGAUCCGGCUUUGGAGGUCGACAAGAAGUCUGUGCCUGUCAAAAUGACAACUGCAACGGUAGUUCAACCAUUCUGGCGUCCGCAUCCUUCAUUCUGGGCGCCAUCUUCCUCAAGAUCUAUCUAUAA